AUGGAUCCCGAGAGGCAUGAAAGGGAAGGUGUUGAGCGGACGGCAGAUGAAGGGCAGUUGCAGGCUCAAGGCCAUGAGACCGAUCUCCCGCGCGCCUUCUCCUUCUUCUCGACUUUGGCCCUUGCUUUUUCAAUUACGAACACUUGGAUCGGCUAUUCAGAAACAUUCGUGACGCCCCUGCUUGCUGGAUCGGGCAAGGCUGUUUUUUGGUGCCUUGUGUUGGCUUGCAUUGCCUGUACAAUCAUAGCGGCUGGAUUGGCCGAGUUGGCAUCCGCGUUCCCCUCUAGUGGAGGCCAAUACCAUUACGCAUUCAUGGUUGCUCCGAAAGCCUAUCGAGCGCCAAUUGCCUUUGUCACCGGAUGGCUGAGCUGUUUAGGGUGGCUUUUCACUACGGCCAGCACAGGAGUAUUCUGUAGCCAAGCGUCCGUGUCCUUGGCGGCACUCUACCAUCCGGCUUACGUCUGGACCCAGUGGCAGGUCUGGUGUAUUUAUGCCUUGAUUAUGAUCAUCGCUUGCGCCAUAAUCUGCCUUCUCCCGGCAUGGAUCCCGAGAGCUGAGCAGUGCUUUCUUGGGAUUUCCAUCCUUGGCUUCCUAGUCUCCCUGAUAACUGACCUGGUAGCAAGUCCGACAAAACAGCCUGCGAAGGUCGUAUUCAGUGAUUGGAACAACACCACAGGAUGGCCAGAUGGUUUGGCUUUUCUCGUGGCAACUGGUCAAGCCAUGUAUGGUUUUCUUGGACUGGACGCGGCCACACACAUCGCUGAGGAAUUACCAGAUCCGGGGCGUGAUGUCCCGCGCGUACUCAUGCUGAUCAUGAUCAUGGGCUCGGCGACGACGAUACCGUGGGCCAUUGCUUUCAUGUUCAGUACGAAUGAUCUUGGAUCAGUAGCUUCGUCCUUCCUACCGAUCUGGGAGGUAUAUCACCAAGCCACAAAGUCUCAAAGUGCUGCAACCUUCUUCGCGGUAUGGAUUGUCUUCAUCUACUUCGGCGCUCUUGUCAGCUGCUUCCUCACAUCUGGUCGGCUCUUGUGGGCGUUUUCGCGUGAUGGAGGACUGCCCUAUUCGAAGACUUUCGCGUUCAUUCAUUCGAGUCUACGGGCGCCGGUGAACGCAACUCUGCUGGCCAGUAUAUUCAUCGUGCUCCUCGGAUUACUGAACAUCGCAUCUACCACAGCCUUCAACAGUAUCGUAAGUCUGGCGAUACUCGCUAGUAACGCAACGAGUACGAUACCCCAAACAAUGGUCCUGUUGCGUGGACGUUCAGUACUGCCCCCGAGAUCUUUCAACCUGGGCACAAUCGUUGGCCCAUUCGCCAAUGGAUUCUCGACCGUUUAUGUUGCUCUGUACAUCGUUGUCUUCUGUAUCCCAGUCUACAGAGAUGUGACUUCGAGCUCGAUGAAUUACGUGUCAGCAGUGCUCGUCGGGAUCCUGAUAUUGGUUGCAAUAUUGUGGUUCAGUGGCAAAAGCAGAACAUUUAGUGGCCCCCAGGUCGAUUUUGUGCAUGGUAUAGAUCCUGUUGCUGGGCAAGGGCCGUUGGAUAAUGUCUUGGUUUGUGAAGCGUCAAAGGAAACAGCAGUGCUCAAGACCGAGUGACGCGGUUAAUUGGUUGCGGCGCACGCACAAGUCGCACGUAGACUCGACAUUACCACCAUCUCAUUGUGCGAGUGUUGGCUCUGUUUUUCCCCCAGGAGACGCUCUGCGUCACUGAUAGUCUGUUUUAGAACAAAAUUAGU